GGGGCGGCGGGCGGGGCUUGCAGUCCUGGGGGUCCCAGAGCGGGCCUGCCCCCGGGAUUUGAUUCGGUCUGAUGAUUUUUUACUGAUCGCCUAUUGUGAAUCGGACACUGAGUACUAAGCGUUGGAGAAACAGGAAAAUGAGAGACCCCCAAGAGGUGAAGGGCUGCAGGAAUUAAGCUCUCCUAGAGUCUCUCCAAAGUGCAGAUCCCUUGGCUGACAGGCCACGUUCGCUCAACCCUUCCCCCGCCCAUAUAAGGAGAAGCAGCUGCUGGGGGCCUCCCCGGGUUCUAAACAUAGCAGGCCCUGCCUGGAACUCCCAACGCCACCCAGCAGUGGGAGCCGCCAUGGAACGGCAGCAUGCCCGGACCCUGUGGUACGACAGGCCCAAAUAUGUGUUCAUGGAAUUUUGCGUUGAGGACAGCACCGAUGUCCAUGUGCUCUUUGAGGAUCACCGCAUUGUAUUCAGCUGCAAGAAUGCUGAUGGAGUGGAGUUGUACAAUGAAAUUGAGUUCUAUGCCAAGGUGAACUCCAAGGACUCCCGAGAUAAGCACUCUGGCCGGUCCAUUACUUGCUUUGUGAGGAAAUGGAAGGAGAAGGUGGCCUGGCCCCGGCUCACCAAGGACGAUAUCAAGCCAGUGUGGCUGUCUGUGGACUUUGAUAACUGGAGAGACUGGGAAGGAGAUGAAGAGGUGGAGCUGGUUCAGGUGGAACAUUAUGCAGAGCUUUUGCACAAGGUCAGCACCAAAAGACCUGCCCCUUCCAUGGAUGAUCUGGAUGAUGAUUCUGACAGUGCCAAUGCAACAAGUAAUUAACUUUCUAUGACAGCAGAGCUGGGGAGUAGCUUUCCAGUUACUCUGAAAAGCUAGGGCCUGAGUCUUUUGUCAGUUCUUUGUGCACCAAGGGCCUCUGCGAUCUCUGAAUUUCCUAGAAGCUCUUUAUUGAAGGUCCUCCUUCAUGCUUUAUGUCUUCCUGCUGGGCACUUGACUAUGGUGCUGCAUCAGAUGGCAGGACAGGGGAAGGAGUAGACUGGCAAGGCCUCUAAUGUCCUACUAAUUGGUUUAUAAUCUCUGUGUUUGGGCCAAUUGAUUAUUUGAGUAUGUGUGUAUGUGGCAGAGCAAAAGCCAAUGAAGAAACAUAUAGUUAUAAUAAAUCUCUAGGAACUGUU